UCUACUCCUGCUGAGUGGGAUGUGUUUCGCAGUAGACACGCGACAAGCGUACCGAUGGUACGGCGAAAGUUUCGCUUGCUACUUUUGCUAGCCAGCAUUUGGCUUGUAGGAAUUGUCUACUAUGUUUAUAAGGCUAACGAGGAACAGACAGGAAGUGAGGGAAAUAAGCUCCUACCCAAAAAUGUCUUCCCAAAUGAGAUCGGUCCAGUCAUCGUGAAUGAUGACACGCUUGUGGUGGCCAAAAAGGAAAAAAUCAUCACACCACCUAAACAGCCCAAAGAUGACACGCACAAGAAAAAAAUCGAAGAAAAGUUGAUACCUACUCAAAAACCAAAAAAAAGACAUAAAGUGCCUAAACCCAUAGAUCAUAGUAAAGUGAAGGACUAUCUGGAGGAUGGUCCGAACGAUGUGCCCUGGGAGGAGUAUGACGAAAAGGCGUAUGUAGAUAAGAAGCGGGUUCGGCCAGGGGAAGACAACUAUGCAAGGAACAAGUUUAACCAGCUCGCCAGUGACAACACUAAAUCCAACCGUGAUGUCCCGGAUACACGCCAUCAGCUAUGUCGACAGAUGGGAUGGAGACAGAACUUACCAACAACAUCCGUUAUCAUCACUUUCCAUAAUGAGGCACGAUCGGCACUACUCCGCACAAUUGUCAGUGUUUUCCGAAAGAGCCCCCCACACUUGAUAGAAGAAAUCAUCCUGGUUGACGAUUUCAGUGAUGAUCCUUCUGAUGGCGAUGAACUGGCUAUCAUUCAGAAGGUCAAGGUCAUUCAUAAUAAGAAACGAGAGGGUUUGAUCCGGUCCCGAGUGCGAGGCGCUGAUGCAGCCAAGGGUGCCAUCUUGACAUUCUUGGACAGUCAUUGCGAGUGUAACGCCUUCUGGCUGGAACCCCUUCUGCUCCGAGUGGCAGAGGAUCGCACACGUGUUGUGAGCCCCAUCAUUGACGUCAUCAGUAUGGACAACUUCGACUACAUUGGAGCCUCGGCGGACUUGAAGGGUGGCUUUGACUGGAACCUGGUGUUCAAGUGGGAUUACAUGACGGCAGAGGAACGCAAUAAGAGAACUAGAGAUCCCAUCUCAGCCAUUAGGACUCCACUGAUUGCUGGGGGACUGUUUGCCAUAGACAAGUCAUGGUUUGAGGAACUGGGAAAAUAUGACUUGGACAUGGAUGUAUGGGGCGGGGAGAACCUCGAGAUCUCAUUCCGAGUCUGGCAGUGCCAUGGUGCUCUAGAAAUCAUUCCAUGCAGUCGAGUUGGACAUGUGUUCAGGAAGCAGCACCCUUACACCUUCCCAGGGGGGAGUGGCAAUGUGUUUGCUAGGAACACACGCCGAGCUGCUGAAGUGUGGAUGGAUGACUAUAAGCAGUUCUACUAUGCAGCAGUUCCCUCAGCCAAAAAUAUUCCCUUUGGAGAUAUUUCAAAACGUUUGGCGCUGAAGGAACAGUUGCAAUGUAAGCCAUUUAAAUGGUUCCUAGAGAAUGUCUACCCAGAACUGAAAGUGCCUGACACCCAGGACGUAGCUUUUGGCAGUAUACAACAGUCGGGCCAGUGCAUUGAUACCAUGGGACACUUUGCUGACGGGACCCUCGGCAUAUACCCCUGUCACAAUGCCGGCGGCAACCAGGAAUUCUCAUUGACAAAGGAUGGCAGCAUCAAGCACCUGGACCUGUGUAUCACCCUCACAGGCGAUGCCCCUGGGACUGUUGUCAAGCUCUUCCAGUGCCAGUCUGACAACAUUCUACAGGUGUGGGAUCGCACUGAAGGAGAGACGAUGCUGAAGCACAGGACCAACAAUCUGUGUCUGGACAGUCAGGUUGUACAGACUGAAGGACUCACUGCCAACCACUGUAACCCGGCCUCAACCUCUCAAAAAUGGUCUUUUACUUUAAACAAUAUGAGGUAGUUCCAGGACGGAGUUCAUCACAUGCAAUAGUUAGUUUUUUCCGUGUCCAACUCUCUAUGCAAUAUUCUGAGUUUGCUUUGAUUUUGGUGACGUUGAAUUUUUUUAAAGAAACUUUUAUUUACUUUUAAUUAGUGUUGAUACCAACAUUUUGUGUUGUCUGGAAGAUGAAAUCCACAAGUCCAUGCUGAAAUAGUCUGAAAUGGAUCUGUUCCUUUAUUUACACAUCAUCUUUCAUAGAAAUCUUUCGUUACAAAAUCUGAUUUACAUCGUACCAGCUGUAUCAGCUUUGAAACCUUAUUACAAAACAAACCUACUUUUCAAUCACAGUGCCACUUAUUUGGUUGACUACUGUAAUGUUGACAGCAAACAGGUACAGUGCAUAUGAAGACUAUAUUCUUAAUGUGAUGUAACUGCUCAAUGUGUGAUACCAAACAUUUAGAAAUCAAAAUAAUGAAUGUGAUCCAGUUACCAUGGUUACGUAUUAUAUAUGUAAUCAGGUAAUAUUUUAACUUAAUGCUACCAUGACAUCAUGACCUUUUUGAUGGAACUUAUAUGGUUUUUAUGUCCAUUUUUAAUUAGAUUUUAAUAUUUCUUUUGUAAUGAUUCUUGUAUUUUGUCAGCGUGUUUGUAGUCAUAUGAGCAGAAAAUAGUCUCAGGAUAUUUGUUUCGUUUUUUGGCAAGUCUGAUAGUGACAGAAUUAAGGCCUGAAAUGACGCACCGAAGUCAUGAUGCAAUAUGGACUUAUGUACCGUUCAACAUAUAUUCUAAUUUCAUAUAUUAGACGUAAUGAAAAAUGUUUGUUCCAAAAUCAGUUUUUGAUAACAAAACAUCGGUAGACCCUCUGAUGGAUGAUACAGAGCACUAUGGAAUCUUGCGUAUCAAUACAGAAGGGAGUGUAUCCUUGCUAUCUAGUUAAAUAUCUUGCUUCAUUGAUGAAUAAUUUCAGCCUCGUAUGAAGUGUCAGUUUUGAAAUAUACUACUCAAAAGAAGUUAAUGUUGCAAUAGUUAUCUGUCAUGGCAGGAUUUCUUUCAUAUUACCAUAGUAUGUCAUGGGGCGGUGGGUUAGCCUAGUGGUUCAGCGUUCGCUUGUCAUGCCGAUUCGUCAUGUCGAUUCCCCACAUGGGUACAGUGUGUGAAGCCCACUUCUGGUGUCCCCCGCCAUGAUAUUGCUGGAUGAGGAUGAUGAUGUUGGAGAUUUAACGAGGGCUUCCGGUGUUGCCGAUUUCGCACUCGGAAUUGCUGGAAUAUUUCAAAUACGCUGCGUAAAACCAUUCUCACUGACUCCCUAGAGCCAUAUUAACUCCUUUUGACUGGUAUAUCUAACCCACUUAUUAAUAAUGUACACAAAGUGUUAUGGAAUUAUUAGUUGGAGACUUUUGGUUGUAGUCUAGCUGCACUCUAUCAGUGUUGCCAAAUACCUAAAGUAUUAUGAUAAAGCCACACCCUAUUUGACUUGACAAGACCAUUAUUACACUGAGUCCCGUACAGAUGUGACACAGAUAUAUUUUAUAUACUUGUAUAUUCAAGUGUGAUUCGUUGUUGAUUUACAUGAUGUAUUAAUUUAAUGAUCGGUGUACUAUCAAGCGUGUCAGAUUGUGUUGAGGUAGUCGGUACAUAGUCAUUGAUGGAGCAUGUUGAGUGGCGAGUCUAAGCAUUCUCCCCAUAUGUUCAAUGUUGUUGCUGAUGUCUUCAUUAGUGGAGCAUGUUGAGUGGAGAGUCUAAGCAUCCUCCCCAUGUUCAAUGUUGUUGCUGAUGUCUUCAUUGGAUUUUAUGUCUCAUGUUGAACUUUUUUAUAAAUAAAUUUUAGAUAAUGAUUAUUUUAUUAUCGAAUAUAAUCAUGUUGUUGCUUAGUUAGGA